UAUCCCUUCCGUUCACAAGAAAACAAAUAUUUAUAUAUAAAUCGGACUCUUAAAAAUUCUUACCCGGAACAAUUAACGAGUCAAUCUGUGUAAUUAUGGCGUGAUAUUUUAUAUAUAAAUGGUUUUCCCUGUUUAGUAGCUGGAUUUAGUUUCUAUUACCUACAGGUUCGAAUGUAACGAAAUCUAAAAAUAACCACACGUUGAUGGCACUUAAUCCGUUAAUGUUUUCUAAUCCCGAUGGAUCGGAAGUGUGACAUGUACAGUCUCCACAAAGAGUGAGGGGACUAGACCGACGCAAUGUACCUGUACCUGAGACACGGGGACUCGCUGGAGCUACUGUCUGGGGUGGUGCUGAAGGAUGGGUACCGCCCAGUGGUGGGGGACGUGGGAAACGAUCUACAGCUAGAGCCCGCCAUCUGGUUCAAAUCCCUCAUCAUCGACGCCAUCUUGAUUGACUGUGAUCGUCGCCAAGUUCGAUGGAGUCGUGUUCGAGUGAAACCAGGUGACCGCGUCAGUGAAGAAAUCGAGGACUUGUCCAUUCUGUGCGAACCCGACAACGUCAUUAAAGCUAAAAACUUUGAAGCGUCGGUUUUUGAAGACUAUGAUUACAGUGAAUUAGACCCAAAAGCUCAGGAAAUAUUUGAAGCCACAAGACAGUUGUUAAUCAGCAUGAGAAAGAGAGAACUGAGCAAUGAACAAUAUAAGACUGAAUUGUUGCGGUUACUCCAUUGUUAUAUCAUGCCAUCUAUCUCGUUAACAGCAGACGACAUAACUAAUCUCCAUAAUGCCCUCGCCAGGGUUCAAAACCAACUUCAAAGCAUCGACAAGAUUAUAUUGAAGAAAGACAAAGCUGUGCAGUUGACGGAAUCUUCGAUGUCCAAACAACGGAAGGCAAUUCUGGAGAACGAAGAUUUCACAAGUGUAGCGCAUAUACUUUCAUGUAAUCCCAAAUUUCUUCAAGCGUUCGAAAAACACAUAGGAAAAGAUGUCGAAGAUGCCUGGCAGGAAUUUGAGAUAAUUCAAAGGAGAGUCAAUGAGUUGAAGCUGAGAAAUUCUACUUCAGAAGAACUUGGUCUGGUCCGGAAGGAACGGGAUGAUAGUUAUAUGAAAUGGGAAAAAACAAAACUGGUCCAAGAAACCAUAAAACAAGCAAAACAAAGGCCAACAAAGUCAAAACGAUCGUCAAAAGUGGACACAACAAACGUCUUCCAAAAGGUUUACAUCGAGAUAAACGAACGUUUACAAGAAGAAAAGGAGGAAAUACACCGACUUUGCUUACAUAAGGUCCAAAUUUCCUCAGUUCGAGAGGCUAUUGAGCUAGCCUUGGAUGAUUUGAAGACGGAAGGACAGACUUUUGGUUGGCAGAUGAAAUCUGAUGGAACUGCCGAACACGAUACUGACGUCAUUGGGAUGAACUGCAAGCCAAAGGACUGGUACACGCUAGAGGAGACGAUCUCUUCCAUUUUAGCAGACGUCACCAAUGACGUCACUCAACGACAUAUUCGCUUCUGCUCGGGUAUACACGAUAAAAUUUCUUCAGCCUUGAAUGAAAGUGAACUUUUUCAAGAUCAAACAAGUUCAAACGAUGAUGAAUAUCUAGUUAUAGAAGUCCAUGAAGACCUUUUAGCGUCAGGAAAACGGAGCCGAGACCGGCGAUCAAGGAUUGGGCGCUCUACAGUGGACAUCCCAGAAGAUGAGGAGCACGUUCCUAGAAGACAAGAGACAGUUUUCCAGUCACUUAUUGACACAAUUAAACGAGAGGUAAACGAUCAUUUGUUGAGUACGGUUGAACUCCUUUCGCAAGUCAUUCCUGAAAACAGCCGUCAUGGGGCGGCAAAACUAAAUAUCAGCGGAAAAAUAGCCAUUUGUUACCAUAACCACCUCAGUCACAAAAUCAUGGAACCCUUAGAAUCGUUGUAUGAUAAAACGUACGGUAGAAUAUGUGUUAAUGUGUUCAACAAAACCAAGGACAUGUCUUUCGAGGAGUUAGGUAUUGACGAACCGUGGAUACGCUGUCUGAAUGACCCUUCCGCUUCCGUUCAUGUAACAGAAGUAAAAUGUCCGGCGGAAACUGUGUCCAUGGCGAGUAUGCAUUCUAUCACUUCCGGACUUAGUCUCCUUUCAAUUGGGAAGAUGCCAAUCGAUGAACUCUACCGUCGAGCGAAGAGAGAGUGCGGGGAACUUGACGAGUUCGAGGUGUGUGUGCACCCCAGUCCAGGGGAGGAUACGGAGCUGACCCACCCGAAAGGUAUGGUUGACGAAUCGCCACCCAAAACCAACGGCGACUUUCAGACGCCUUUCAAUGUGAAUCCUCCGUCUUAUGAGGAAUCGACGAACCUACCGCCGUCUUACGGGGAACAUAGCACCUCCGUAAAAACCCCGGAGGUCCAAGAAGGAGGAAGUCUAUACGACAUUCUACAGCCUGGACUAGAUUUGGUUCACACCCUUGUGAGGGAAACCACCAUUACUGGGAAACUGAAGAUGAUCACCAAAACUUACCGCUUUGUUGGAAAUCAAGUGUCUGCUCUGAAGUCUGCAGCCUCGCUUCAGGAUUUCAUGGGCUGCUGUGACGAACUACUCACUUUACUUAUCGUUUUGCUCACUUACCUUGAUGAACGGGAUUUCAAACGUCUUUUUAUUCAGAUGUACUUGGUGGUGGACUUUAAGCCGCAGUGCAUGCUGGGAGGCGUUCAUGACUGUUCGCUGACCAACUUCUUUGCGGCGUUUCAGUACCUACAGGACAGACUAGUCAUGCAAAACGUGAGACAGAGCAAGAAUGAAAUUAUCGAGUUAGACUGAACAAACGUUUUACAUAUUUUGUCAAGAACAAAGUGAGGUUGACGAUCAAAUUGUUUGUGUUCUUGUUUUACUUGGGUUGUCUUUCUACAUCCUUGUUUUGAUAGUUGUGAUAUCAUUAUGUUUUUGCAUAAUGAUUGAAUUUUUGAGAUUUAUUUGGUAUAUCUGCAUAAUAUAUCAUAUUUUAGCUAUGUUUAUAUAGUCUAUCCUAUUCUAUUUUUCCAACCCAUUUUAGACGACAAAUAAGUGCUCAAACAGAAAAAAAUACGAUUUACUGUAUCUAGGACCAUUGUUACAGAGAUCAUAUCGAUCAUACUUUGGAUACUUUACUAGACUUUGUGAAUAAUCAUAACGAACAAAAGUGUUACAUGAUACAACAACAGGUGGUCCAUGUACAUGUUCACCCCAAUGGACAGAUAUACUACAUAAUAUAAUAAUCUAGAUUUUUCCUGUGCCAAACUGAUAUACGCUUUUUAUUCAAGUAAAGUUCUGCUUUCAUAGUAUGCUUAUUAAAAGAUGAAUGAAUUUUU